GAUGGACCACCUUCAUCCAAACGUCGAACAUAUUGUGAUACUCAGAGUUUGCACCUGGUUUUCGCCAUGUCCGGUGGUAGGGCGCAGAUGGUGGCCACCAACGACGAGAUCACGCUGCAAAGUAGAUGGCAGAUGCUGUCGUCACCAGUUAUAUCUGCAAAGAUUGUUGUUGCGAAGGAGAUGGUCAAAAUCGGGAUCAACGGGUUCGGACGAAUCGGCCGGCUCGUCCUCAAGUCAUGCAUACAGCGCAACAUGAAGGUGGUGGCCGUCAACGACCCAUUCAUCUCACCCGAGCAGAUGGCCUACCUUUUCAAGUACGACUCCACGUACGGCAUCUACCCCGGCGAAGUCACCACACUCGGCACGUGUCUCUUCAUUGACGGGCAACGAGUCGAGACUUGGCAGCAUCGCGACCCCAAGGAGAUCGAAUGGAAGAAGGUGUGCGCUGAUUACGUCGUCGAGGCGACGGGCGUCUUCACGAAUUGCGAUAAGGCAGCCUUGCAUCUGGAUGCCGGCGCCAAGAGGGUGGUGGUCACGGCGCCCUCCAACGAUGCGCCAGUACUUAUCAUGGGCGUGAAUCACGACUGCUUCAAGACGGACAUGCAGAUCAUCUCGAUGUCGUCGUGCACCACCAACUGUCUGGCUCCUCUCGUCAAGGUCAUCCACGAUAACUUCGAGAUAGUCGAAGGUUUGAUGACGACGGUGCACGCGGUCACCGCCUCCCAGAAGACGGUCGACGGGCCGAGUAAGAACUGGCGGACGGGACGCGGUUCCCUGCAAAACAUCGUGCCCACGUCGACGGGGGCGGCCAAGUCCAUAGGCAAGAUCAUCCCAGAUCUGAACGGCAAGCUGACCGGAAUGGCUUUUCGCGUUCCGGUGCCGAACGUCUCCGUCCUCGAUCUCACCGUCAAGCUGGGCAAGGAGGCGCCGUACGAGAUGAUCAAGUGCAAGAUUCGACAGGCCGCCGACGGAUACAUGAAGGGCAUCCUCGGCUACACGGAGGAGGACGUGGUCUCGUCCGACUUCAUCGGCGACACCAGGUCCUGCGUUUUUGACGCCAAGGCCGGCAUUCCACUGAGCAGGUGUUUCGUCAAACUGGUUGCCUGGUACGACAACGAGUACGCUUACGCCGUCCGCGUCGCAGAUCUGCUCAGCUACAUGGCCUCCAGGGAGGAGUACUAAUUAAUUUGUGAACUCUCGCAUGCGGAACAAAGAACGAACGCUAAAUAAAAUUCACCCGUCCUUGUCCUUUCUUCAGAUUCUUUAUUUUAUAAUUGUUUAAAUAAUAUAUAUAUGUA